AUGACGACAUCCAUCCAAAGUGUAACAGAUGACACUUCAUUUUACGCCACAAACCUCAACGACCUCAAUCAAAACCCAGCAAACAUGACAUUAAAUCAACACCAAGACCAGCAAUGCAAUCGACCAAACUUCAUGCGCCUCCCGCCGGAGCUCCGGCUAAAAGUUUACCAAUACGCCCUCACAGUCCCGAACACCUAUACAGACAAACCCUUGAUAGUAAUAAACGACCGCGGCAACGUCUUCACAUCCCGAAGUCGUUAUAGAGCUCUAUCAAUGUGUCCAAGCUGGGAAGGCGAAGACGGCACAGCCCGAGCCUUAUUAUCCGUGAAUCGCCAAAUCCACUUCGAAGCAGAAGACUAUCUCUACAAAACCCACACGCUAUUCUUCCGUAACUCCUUCGACCUGGACAGAAUAGGCGCUUUCCUCGAUACACUCAGCCCCACAGCCCGAGCCAGCAUCCGCAGCGUGGGCUUCGAGGUAUUUUUCUUCGUGCACACGGAUGAAUGUGUACCAAAACGUACGCUGAAACAAUACGAGCGUGCAAGAGAUGUUCUACGUGAAAGAUUACCAAAUUGGAAGAACGUACUUUGUUAUUUGGAUCCGCGCUUCUAUUACCCUGCUGCUUGUGUGGGUGGGCGUGAACUUGCUGCGAGGGGUGUACUUGAUCUGGCGAGACGAUUUGGGUCACUUGAGCUGGGAUUAGAUGUUACCUUUUACCCGUUACCUGAUUCUCAACACCGGCUUGUUGAGGAGGCGAAGCAGGUUAUUUGGAGGAGUCGUUCGCCGGAGCGGCGCGUGCCUGUGGAGAAGAGGGUGUCUGGAGGGAAAAUGGGAGAGGGCAAUGCGGGGAAUUACCCAAUUGAGUUGGUAGGGUAG